GUUAGUACCUUAUUGGUUCCGGUUCUACCCCAACUUUCAGAUUUACAUCAAUUAUACAUGUUAUAAUCCCAUCACAACAACAAAAAUCAGCCAAUUUCUAAUUAGUCACAAGUUGUAUUUGGGCCAUCAUUUCAGAAAAAAAGAAAACAGUCAUUUGUACAUUUCAACGGAAUUUGUGUCAUGGAUUGUGAGAUAAGAUGAUGAAGAGGAUGAUGAUGAUGGAAACCCCUCCACCCCCUCUGGGUGUUUCUAUAAAUAUGUCAAUAAGGGUAGAGUAAAUCAGUAAUAGUGCUCAUUUUCAGGUCAAUACUUGUGAAACCUGACCCAGCUGAGGCCAUGCAUGUCCUGAUUGUCUUCGCCUGCUUCAUGGCCUCCGCCGCCCGCAGCGCGCCUCUGCGGGAGAGCGCCAGCGCACUUGUUGAGGAUCCGCAGUUCCAGGAGAUCCUGCAGAGGAGCCGCAGCUUGACGCACAAGAUCCUGGACUCCAUAGCCGACACGCACAGCUCCUGCGUUCACACAGAGACUCUAAAGUUGGAUUCUUCAGACAUCGGCAGGUUUUCAACCAUGGCCACCAACAUUGGCUUCCCCCCGGCUCCUGUAGUGGUUUCAGAAAACUUCACUCUGGAAACCGUUUUGAGAGUGAUGCAUGAUGGGCUGCAGCUGCACCAAGGGUUACUGAGCUCCAUCGCCCCUCGACUAGCAGAGAAAGGCAAAGUGGUUGCGUUGAUGUCCGAUGUCAGAGAUCUAAAAAACCAGAUUGCUAAGAUGCAGAAAAUGAACCAAUCGCACACUGCAGCGCCCCCCACGUCGGGCUCAGUGGAACUGCGCCUCCCGGGGGAAUUUGAGGUCAAGGUGGCGGCUCACCUGACCCUGGUCCAGCUGCAGGCGUUCAGCCGGGACGUGGAGCGUUGCCUCAGGAGUCUGGACCGCAGCGCCGACGACGACAACCAGAGCUGACCAAAGAUCGUUGUAUUCUUCUUUCGGCCUGAGCUGAAAACCUACGUUGCCGGUUUUGUUAUAUUUAUUGAUCUGCUAUUUAUUUGUUAAAUCUAUUUUUAUUUAUAUAUUUAUUUCUAGAGACAGAUUGUAUUUAUUUAGGAAAUCUAUUUUUUUGAAAAACCUUUGCACUCGUCAGACAUAUGACCAGCUAUUAACACACAUAUUAGUGAGUUGUGGGAACAUAUUUAAGCAGCAGUAUGUAACCUUUUAAAAAAAUGUUUUUUUUAACAUAUUUGUUAAAAUUAUCAUUAUGUCAUGACAGUAUAAAACACAACCUUUGAAAAAAAAAAAUACAGCUUCUCCCAAUACCAAAUGCAGAAAUUCACCACUCAGAAACAACCAAUCAGAGCGAGGAGGGUCUCAGCGCUGUCAAUCAUUCUCGUGCCCAGCUCCUCCUGAUUGCACUUUGCUACGCUACACCUGGUUCUCCACAACAUAGAAUGCCAUGAAUGCUAAUGCUAUUUAGCAUAGCCACUGAUGACAGUGGAUUAACAGUUUUUCUGUAACAGUAAGGAGGUUGAUUUACAGCGCUAAGCCCCACCUCCUGGCUCUGAUUGGCUGAUUUUGACCCGGAGCGAUGCAAUAUUAGCACUAGGAGGAGAUGGAGGACCUCAAUUUUUUCAGAUUACUUGUCUCAUAAAAUAAUGUCACAACAUUUUGACAGUUUUAAUAAAUAUGGAAAAACACAUUUUUUGUAAAAGUUAUGAACUACAGCUUUAACGACGAUUAUAGAUGGUGUAACAUUUAAAAAGAAACUAUUUUUGUAUUGCUAUUUAAAAUCUAAUAUGUUGUUAUUUUCCUACAUCCCAAUACAAAAAUAAAACUGUUUUUCUUGAAAAUA